AUGCCCGACGACAACUGUUGGUACUUGGUACCUCAACCCACCCACGAAGACCUGCGUUCCGACAAAAUCUACAGAAGUUGUACUGAAAGCCUGAGCAAGGGGUGCCUCGGUUUCCCUGGAUACUUUCGCAUCAUAUGCCUCUGGGGCGGAGAAGAAGUCUUCAUUCGAGAAGAAGCGGCCCAAGGUCAAAUGUUCAAGACCUGGCGCGAGAAUAAUCCGGUCGCGGUCGUCAACUUCCGCCAACGGGCCUCCAAAACUGGCUACUGGGAUCCCAUCAGAAAUGAUCUUGGACAUACCAUCUUCUAUUACGGGCAAUUCUUCCAGCGUGUCGACUUCAACAAGGCCUACGAGGUCUUUGCACGCAACCCUCAGCCUGAGUACGCCAAAUCGCGGACUCUGUUCUGUUUAGGGGAUCGGGCUGUGCCUGCAGAACCGUGGACGGCACACGUGGUCGGAUUGGGAGAGGAACUCGAUUUAGAGACUGUCGAUUCAGCAGUCGACGACCGGCCCCCUGGUUUUGACUCGAACGCUUAG